CCCCUCCCCAUGACAUCAUCUCCGCAGUGCUCGGGUUGUUGCUACUGCAUCUCCACACUCAGACUGACAUUGAGCUGAGCUGAGCGCAGUGUGUGAAAUGAAUCAUGGCAGCUGUUUCAUUUCUGGAUCCAGACCUGGUGCGGGAGGUGCUGGAGUGCCCCAUCUGCUUCGAAACCUACAAUCAAGACGAGCUCCGCCCCAAACUGCUCCUGUGUGGCCACUCGGUGUGCCGUCAGUGCCUGGAGAAGCUGCUGGCGAGCACCAUUAACGGCGUGCGAUGCCCGUUUUGCAGUAAGGUAUCCCGUAUGAGCAGCAUCUCCAUGCUGGCUGACAAUCUCACGGUGCUGAAGAUCAUCGACUGUGCGAGCUCGUGCGACUCGACGGCCGGCCUCAUGUGCAAGUCGUGCAAGAACCGGCUGCCGCGUCAGUACUGCUGCGACUGUGCCGUGGUACUGUGCGAUGCCUGCAAGGUGGAAGGCCAUCAGCAUGAAGGACACACCGUGCAGACAAUCCGUGCCGCCGCCGAACAGCGUCGCACGGACCUUGGCGAAAGGUUGGUGAACCUUCGAGAUAGCAUGGCUAAUAUUCAGAAGAAGAAAGCAGUUAUCGAUAACGUUUCGAAAUCCCUGCGUCUGAAGUACAAAGCGGUCCAGCAAGAAUAUGCGAGGGCCGAGCUGCAGCUUCAGGAGGAGCUCGGGCGUUCGCGCCGGGCCUUCACAGCGUCUCUGGCAGAGGUCGAGAAGCUCAAUUCUCAGAUCCUCGAAGAGCAAACGUACCUCCUGAACAUCGCUGAGGUCCAGGUUGUGUCUCGGUGUGACUACUUGACAAUGAGGAUUAAGCAGACCGACACUGCUUUUCUCGAAGGAGCAGGAAGUAACGAUGAAGAAGAGCUCGAUGUCAAAAGCAAUCUACCUGUUCUCCUAAAACUGCAAGAACCUGAGCUGCUCAAAGCAGAGAACCCGCAGUCUUUAGAUGUGGGGCAGCUGAUGACCAAGCAGUGUACCGUUAACAUCGAUGAAGAGGACGGCUUGGAGUUAGCUGCUGCAGCCGCCAUGGCCGAUGACACUACUGCCCCUGCCCCUGUAGAUAUGUAUCAUGAAGUGGAUAUGACAAGCACAGUAGAGGAAGCUGUUUGCGCCUCACCUGGCAGCUUCAAAUCCAAAUCUGUGGAUGGCGGUGGACCUGCGACAGGUGGAGCAACCGGAGGUCAGCUAUGUCAGUAUGUAAAGAAGAUGGGGUGCAAAGGGAACCUCCCGGGCAUGUUCAACCUUCCCGUGAGCAUCUGUGUAACUCCUCAGGGCGACGUUCUGGUGGCGGACCGAGGCAAUUACCGGAUUCAGAUCUUUAACCGCAAGGGCUUCCAACGUGAGAUCCGCCGCAACCCGAACAGCAUCGACAGCUUCGUCUUGAGCUUCCUAGGUGCUGAUCUUCCCAAUCUCAUCCCUCUGUCCAUCGCAAUCACCCCUCAGGGACUCAUCGGCGUCACUGAUAACUACGAUAAUUCAGUCAAGGUUUACACGACAGACGGGCACUGUAUCGCAUGCCACAAGAACCAGCUGAUCAAGCCAUGGGGGAUCGCUGCCAUGCCUUCAGGGCAGUUUGUCGUAUCUGAUGUGGAAGGAGGCAAGCUGUGGUGCUUGUUGGUGGAUCGUAACGUCGGGGUCGUGAACUACAACAAGUUGUGCUCGGCAGUUAGGCCUAAGUUUGUGACUUGCGACUCUUCAGGGACAGUGUACUUUACACAAGGAUUAGGUCUGAAUAUCGAGAACAGGCAUAACGAGCACCACCUGGAAGGCGGUUUCUCCAUCGGGUCAGUCGGGACUGACGGUCAGCUCGGGAAACAGCUGAGCCACUUCUUCUCUGAAACGGAGGAUUUCCGGUGCAUCACAGGAAUGUGCGUGGACACCAACGGGGACCUCCUGGUGACGGACAGUGGACGGAAGGAAAUCCUGCAGUUCCCCAAGGAAGGCGGUUAUAACAUCCUGAUUCAAGAGGGACUGACGUGUCCUGUCGGGGUGGCCGUCACACAAAAAGGACAGCUUCUGGUUUUAGAUUGCUGGGACCACUGCGUCAAGGUGUAUACCUAUUUACAAAAGCGGCGCUCGUCGACUUGUUGAGACCGCACCGCUUCAUUCGACUCGUCACUUUAACUCGAGGGCUGCGUUAUCUCUGAAAUUUCAUUGGUAGGGUUGAAAGAAAUGCAGACAGCGAUAACACAGUCUUUCACCACUGCCAGCGAGAGCUCAGAAAGAUGACCCAACUUUUACCUUUGUGGCUGCUUUUGUUUUCUGUUUGAUAUACGGCACAACAGGUGGCAAUAUUUUGACCAGACUUGUCUCUUUGAGUGGGAGUGGGAGCUUGAAAUUGAUAACGUAUACAAACUUUUAUGUGCCGUGCUACCAUCAAAGUGAAGGACUGUCAGGUUUACGUCAAGCACUAAACAAAAUGGAAAUAUUUGAUCUGGAUGGAUAAAAGGAACACGUUUGUCCACCUGGUAUUGAUUUCUCAAUGUCAAAGUGCCCUCUUCCCAUCAAAGGACGCGUACGUAGUUUCAUCGCGCAGCAUCAAACAUCGGAAUACAGUGUAACUACAUCUGUUAAUCUCGGGAUGAAAUGAUUACCAUGAUGCAGUUGAUGAAUUCAUAAUUGUAGGUGUUUUGUACCUGUAUACAAGUUUGUUGUAGCUACCAAAGUAAGUCCCAGAUCAGGAUUUCUGAGUGUGUGAUCACGGCUUAUUAGAUUGACAUGAUCGACCUGUCGACCUUUAGGAAUUUUGCAUAGAUGCUCUUAAAUUGAACCUAUGGUCACACGGGGUACAAGUAAUUACCCAAAAAUAGUCAUAUAUAUAUAUAAUUUUUUUAAUUAAAGAAAAAAGCAGUAAUUGAUCUACUGGAUAUGAAAUAGAAUUGCUUUGUUGUUAUAGAUUUGUCAAUGUUAGCCAAUGUCCCCACAUUUCAUGUUGGUCAAGUUUUUCCCCCUCGAUAUUCGAUGUGGCCUUGGCUAAUAUCACAGUGAACAUACAAUGUUUGAAGUUAAUAUACUUGAAAUAAAAUUGUUUUUUUGUUCGACUUCGAGGUAACCUUUAACAUUUUCACAACAACCAGAGCAUUAAAACCACUGACGGGUGAAGUGAAUGACCUCAAUUGUCUCGUUACAUUGGCACCUGUUUGAAGCUGAAAAAAUGGGCAAGUGCACCCCCCUUUAUGACAACGGUACCCUGUUAUCAGCGGUCUCUUUCAGUAGGAUAGUAUGUCCAGCCAUACCGCAGAAAUUGUUCAGGAAUGGAUUCAAAAGCUUGAAGAAAAUUUCAUGGUCUUGACUUUGACUCCAAAUCCCCUACAAAUCGAUCUUAUCAAGCGUCUGUGGGAAGUCCAGUUUAUUCAAGUCUGAUCUAUUGAAGCUACAACUCAGAACUUUCAGGACUUUGGACAGCACAAGGGGGAACCACACAUUAUGAAGCAGGUGGAUUAAAUGUUACCGCUUCUUGAUGUUGGUGGAAAAGUCCAAAAUCAGUGACAAUUAGAAAGUGAUUUGAAAACCUUUGCCGUUUGAUGCAACAGCAGCGUAGUCAAGCGCAUCAUGGUGAAAACACUGGUGCUUAGCAGGUAUAACAAAACCUGCCAAUCAACUGCUUUAUUUACAAGCUGACAAUUUCGUACUAUUCUACAACGCUUGAUACGAACUUGUGCAGGUUAACGCCUUCCUUAACGGGUCUACGCAUUAUUCCUCUUCUGGAAAAACAAACGCAGGACGACGCAAACCGCCGUAAUACAAUCCAGCAGCAUUCGAGUGUCCUCGUUUGCAAUAACGACUUGCUUUCGAGCUGAAAAUAUAAGGAAUUAAUCGAAACUAUCACAUUAUAUGUAACGGUGCACUCGCGAGUUUAUUUUGUACUGUAUGGAUUUGAGAUCCUGUUGCUAAUCGACACCUCGGCCUCUGUUGUAAAUCACAAUGUUGAGCACUUCUAGAUUUCUGUAACGAUUUUAAAGAAAAAUAGUAUCUUAUAAAAUAAAAGAACACGUGGCCACCCAUCAAACAACAAUCUGGAGCGGGUGCGUGUUCAGUUCUGAAAGUCAGAUAACGUGGUACCUUGAAGUGCAGCAUGUCCCGAUAUACACAUCGUCAAUUAGUCGAAUUUUGUUAGAAUAUUUAUGAAAUUGCAACAUUCUCUGCUAUUCUGCUAUUUAGCCAGUCUUGUCCGCCAUGUUGUUUGUUGGUGUGUUAGUUCCUCAACACUGUGGCAAAGCAAAGUGCGACACCAUGUUUGGUAAAAAUAAGCGCACUUAAGAAGCACUUCAUCGGGGUAUUUCCCAAGUGCCCUACAAUACGUCGUAAUCACACCAUGCUGAAAUCCGAGUCACGUUCUAUAGUAGCGUUUAGUCCAGAAUGCACAAAAUGACUCGAAAUAUCUGACACCAUCACGUCAACGUCUGGCCCAUGUCUUAAAAAAAUAUUAAUUCUUAUGAAAAGCAGGGUGCUGUAAACACGCAUCUCAGUCGUGGACACUACAUGACCAUGUGUUCUAGACGCUGUAAAGUAAACCUUUGUUUUUUCUUUGUUUGUUCAUGAUCAGUUGUGUGCAAUAAAUUCAUUAAUAAAUUUG